AUGAGGGGUUUCAUUUUUACUUUGCUUCUCUUCUCUCUCCUGCUUGCCAUCUCAGAAGUGAAGAGUGAAGAAUCCAGGAAGCUCUGCGGGCUCCAGUACAUAUGAACUGUCAUUUACAUCUGUGCCAGCUCCAGGUGGAGAAAGCACCUGGAGUCGAUCCCGCAAGGUCAGCAGGCUGAGAGAGGAAACCGCUUCCAGCUGCCUAAUGAACAGGAGAUUUCUGAGGAAAGCGCAGUGCAAAACCUUCCAAAGAUGGAUUCCUCGGGGGAGGAAAGUCUUCAGGGUGAACAGCUGCCCACGGAAGGGCUUUGGAGGUCAAAGAAGUAUUCGGUGAUGUCAAGACAAGACUUGCAAAAGUUGUGCUGCACCGAAGGCUGUUCCAUGUCUGACUUGAGCGCAAAUUCCCAAGGGUGGCAGAGUUUUAGCACAUGUUUAAUCACAGUGUUUUACUUCCCAGAAUAA